AUGGCUGACACAGAAGACUUUACCCCCGAUCCUGCAAUCGAAAACGUUAUGCCCGACAGCAUCGGUGUCACGAUUCCAGUUUUACAAGGUGCUUCUAAUUGGAAUACCUGGCAGCAAAAGUUCCAAUACGUCACCCGUACCAUCAAUCCAAUCUACUGGGACAUUUUCACUGGCAAUUAUACGGCCCCUGUUGCUGUUGAGCACACUCCGCAAAUCGCGAUUGACGCAAUUGCAGUGAAGUACCAUCUUUCGCCCAAUGAGCUUACUAAACAAGCAUUUGGGGAGUAUCAAGAGCUCAAUGCUGCAAUCGGCAAGCAGAUACGCUCACAAAAUCACAUUUCGCUCGCGUCUUGGAAUUCCCUCGAAGUUGAGGCUCGUGCAUAUCUGGAUUUUGCUCUUGCCAAACAGCCAUUUCUUCAGAUCGAGCGUACUUUCCAUGCCAGAGAAGCAUAUUUGAAACUGGAAGCUCUAUAUUGCAAGGCUCCGCCUAAGCCAAUUACAGGCGUAUGGAUGGAAUGGCUUGAGCUUCGUUACCAGCGAACUUCUGCCGCCGCAUUUGUUGCCCGAUUUAAGUCCGCGCUCUAUAAUCUUCGCUCCCAAGGAAUGAGAUUGAGUACGGAUGUUGAGCUUACUCAAUUUAAACUUGCCAUCGCUCAGAGACUUGGUUGCAAGUGCUUUCUAGCUAAUCUGCAUUGUGAUACCGCAGACAAAGACUGCAUGGAAUAUGUCUACUCAAACUUUAUUCGAGACCAAACACACUCUGAUCUUUGCUACCCACGUUAA